GGAAGGCAAAAACGUUCCGAUGUAUGAUUCAUUGGACUAUUUACGUUCCAGAAAUUUUCUUCCGAGGAUGCAUCGCUUCAUACUUAUGCUAACUAUCGCCAAUUGUGCGGUGGCUGCAAAAUUGAACGUGGUUUAUCAAUGGAAAUACAUCGACUACGUCUGGAACAGCGAAGAACAUCGACAAUGGGCAAUUGCCGAAGGGAGAUACAACUACACGAAGAUCUUCACGAUCGACGUUCAGAAGGCUCCAGAUCAACGAGUCUUUGUCACAACGCCAGCAUUCAAUGCUAACGCAGUUCCGGCGACCCUUUCAACGAUAUCUUCGCGUCAAGGUCCCGGUGGUCCGCUAUUACAGCCCUAUCCAAAUUGGACCUGGCACAUACCUGGGAACUGUAACGGCAUCACAAGUGUGUGGAGAGUGGCUGUCGACGAAUGCGAUAGACUCUGGGUGCUUGAUAGCGGAAAAAUUGGCAGUAAUCAGGUGUGUCCAGCUCAACUUUUGGUAUUUGAUUUGAGAACCGACAUACUGCAGCAACGAAUCAUCGUCCCAAAUUACCUCUCGCAUAAUCCCACAAACAAGAGUCUGGGGCUACUAAUUACGCCUGUCGUUGAGACAGUGGACAUCUACUGUCGUCGGACAUGGGUUUACAUAGCGGACGUACAGGGUGGGGGUCUUAUAAUCUGGGACGGAUCGCGGAUUUGGCGCCUCGACAACGAAGUAUUCAAAGCGGACCCAACGGCCUCGACGUUCACCAUCGCUGGGGAGAAUUUUACUCUUGCGGAUGGGAUUUUUGGACUCGCGGUGUCACCCCGCUACUCGCGACAUGCCCGCCGUUUAUUUUUCAAGCCGUUGGCCUCCCUCAGAGAAUAUUCCUACGCUGUUGACGAUCUACACGGGCUGGGAUCCAGAUUAAAAUCUCUAAGCUACACCACUUCUAACUAUCAAUUUCCCAGUCAGGCUACCGCACAAGCAUUUUCACGGGAAGGUAUCCUGUUCUUCGGACUGACGACAGAAAUAGCAAUAGCAUGCUGGAACAUGAAUCACCCGAUGGACAACGAGCACGUUGCCAUCUUGGCCCAGAACAGCGACACCUUGCAGUUCGCCAGUGGGGUCAAGGUUUCGAAACGCGGCCUUGAUGUACUCAAAGAGGACCUUUGGGUCUCGACAAACCGCUUCCAAAAAAUAUUCACUGGCACUCAGAACUUCAGUGAAAUCAACUUUAGAAUCCUCAGCGCUCCGGUCGAAGUCCUCGUCAAGAAUUCUAAAUGUCAGCGGGAUAAGAAUUACUGA